AUGGCGUCCGAGAGAGAAUGGCCCGAGUGGUUCACUCAAUUCGUGCGAAACGAGAGAACCGUGCCGUUAGUUCCGGGCAGUUUCCCCGUUGUGGAGGAACGGCAGCCAUCUAAGCUGCACCAAAUGGCAAACAACGCUGUGAAGUAUCUGAUUGACGGGCUGGUCUUGUUUGUUGUUGUGCCUGCGUAUAUUUUGUUGCGGGUGCUUGGAUUUGUGCUGCUGAUUGUGAUUGGAGGAGUGAUGCCGUUGAUUUUGCGCUUACAUCCAAACAGAUAUCAUGUGAUACGCCGUCAUGCUGAUCCGGGAGACAUGGCCCGUCGGUUCAUCAUCGAGUUUGAUGAUAUGAUUGGGAAUCGGACUUUGAACAACGCGCAGGAGGAAGAGACGGGCGAUCUGAUUCGGCAGGACGAGCUGAUGGAGAUCCCUCGUCCCGACUUUCUGGAGUGUGCGUACUCACAUGCUCUUCAUUUCGCAAAGAAGGAUGCCCGGUGGCUCGUUCUGUACAUCCACAGCGAGGAGAACCAGGAUACCAAGUCGUUUGUGGACGAUGUGCUUAUAAAUCCUGCGUUUCUGCAGUAUAUCAAGGACAAACAGAUGCUGGUUUGGGGCGGAGACAUCAAGGACAGCGAGGCAUUCCAGGUCGCUAACCAGUUCAAGGUGACCAAACUGCCGUUCUUGGGACUUUUGUGUCUCACGGUGACAGAGACGCCAACAGCCUCGGGAAUCCAGCAGUCGAGUCCUGUUUUGUCGAUGGUCUGCAAGAUACAGGGCCCUACUCCUGUGGAAAAAGUGAUAUCCAAGUUCCAGAAAAGCUACUCAAAGUUCAACCCAACUCUGCAGACGCUGCGUGCGGAGUUUGAACGACUGGAGCACGACCGCAACACGCGCCAGCUACAAGACCAGGCUUACGAGAACUCGCUCCAAAGAGACAGACUGCGCCGACUGGCUGAAGCUAGAGAACAGCGUGCACACCAAGAACAACUACAAUUGGCCGCUCUCAAGACCCAGUGGCUCAAGUGGAGAAAGUCUACGUUACUCCCAGAACCGCGCUCUGGCGGAGCCCGCACGGCGAUCCGGCUACCAAAUGGAAGCCGGUUGCGCAGAAAUUUCGAUAAAACCGCCAAAAUUGAAGAAAUAUAUGCCUUCGUCGAAUGCUGCCAGCUGAACGACGUCGAAAUCAACGACUCCGACUCUCUGGAACGUCCAAUUGGGUAUGAACACCGUUACGAGUUCCAAAUAUACACGGUCUACCCUCGCGAAGUUGUUUCCGUCGACGACGAUGUCGCCAUCGCCGACUCCCAACAGGUCUUCCCGGACGGUAACCUCAUUGUCGAGCUAAAUAACCAACCAUAA